ACCUUUCUCCCUUCUCUAUUCUUCUUCUUGAUAAUGUCGCCUCCCACCUUCAUUCGUGUUACCUCUGCAUGUGCGGAUUUCACAUUGUGAAUGGCUGCUACCAAACACUGCAACUUCUCCUUUAUGGGUUUGGGGGUUUUUUUUUUCACUUCGUUCCUCCCCUAUGGAAUAAACAGUUUUUAGGGUGUCUUCGGUAUCCUUUCAUCUUUCCCCCGUCAAAAACUGUGAGGAUAGGUUGAUGAAACAAAGGGUUUUGUGGGAGGGAACAGAAUGGAAUCUCUGGAAAGGAAUUCUGUGGCAGAUGCGAGGUCGAAGAGGCGAGUGCUGAGAAGGCUCCAGGCUAAUUCAAGACGUAAGAUUUAUCCAUCCAAGAAUGGCAAUAACGGAGGCAGCUCCUCUGCCAAAACUCGAACAAGAAGUAGGGGAAAUUUGCCUACCAAGAGUACUACUAAUGACCAUCAUUAUCCUCCAGAUCAUGAUUAUGCCACCUUUUUGGAUGCCUUGGGUCUACGCCUUCCAACAGCAGCUAAUUCUGCCGACGGAAUUAUUGGCUGAGAUUGGUGGUGGCAGCAGCAUUAGAACAGAGGACAAUGGUGUGGGCAACAAUGAGGAUCCAGGCGCUAACAGUGGAUGUGACAUGUCUAUGGAUCGUCGCAAUGAUGCUGCUGGGUAUGCAGACGACUCUUUUCUCGGGGCAUGCUGCUCCAAUGAUAAAAAUGGGUUGAGUCGGAAGGAUGAUACUGGUGCUGAGACUACUGAUACUGGUUUCGAUGACAAGUCAGUAGAUAGCUUUCAUGUUGAUUCUGAGUUUGUUGAAGAACCCGAUGACAUUGGAGGCUCUGCGAAUGAUGAUAAUGUUGUUGAUAGGUCUUUUGACAAUGCACCUGCUGCCGAAGAAGUCGCAGACCAUUGGAACAAUGUGCAUUUCGAUCUGCCAGAUCGAGAUCAAACUGCUGCUGAUGAUAUCAUUGGAGCUUCUGAUCCUGCAUAUCUUAGGUUCUUAGAGAACCUGAGAGAAGAUGGGAAUUCAUACAAUAUUGAGCUCCCUGUGAGCAGUGGAGAGUCACUAUCUUUUGUUUAUGAAAAGCAAGAUGAUUCUCAUGGUCAAUGUGACGCCACUGAGACAAGAAAGAAUUCUGUACAGAGGAAGAAUGGAGAACCUGAAAUUUGUUUAGGGAAAGGGUGCAAUGAAACUCGCGAUCAAUGUGAUGCUGGCAAGGCAAGACAGACGUCUUCACAGAGUAAGAAUGGGGAAUCUGAGAUUUGUCUAGGGAAAGAUUGCAAUGAAACUCAAGGUCAUUGCCAGAUAAGAGAUGAAGCAGGUACUGAAUGUGAUCUGAGAGUUCCUAGUGGGAGCAACAAGAGUUCAUUGACGGGGAGGAAGUUCUCUUAUAAAACUAAAAAUGGGUUACGCAGUGGAUUUAGAAGAGAAGGGAAGUCCCAAAUGGAAGAGCUUUUGAAGAGAGAGAGCAAAAAGAAAGUGGACGAACGAUGUGAUCCAACUGUUGCUUCUGGCAGAGAUAGGAGGAGCUGUUCACCCAUGAAACCAAGGAUCGAAGAUGAGACAGGAGAUGCACCAGAAAGUGCAUGUAAGGUAGAAGCUCCAAUGCCAGCCAAGACAGGAGACACUAGAACGGGAAAAGUUAUGGCACCCAGUUUGGUGAGAGAUAGAGCAACUAAAACUAUACCUUGCCGAAGUGAACUGAAAAUGAAAUCUCAGAAGGAUGUGAGCGACAUGCAGAAUAGGAAAAGGAGACGUUUGAUUUCUGAAGAAACACAGAGAAAAGAGUCCUUGAAUCCUGUUCUCUGUGAAGAACCUGCAAAAACUAAAACGCCUUCAAACAAAAAUCUACAGUGCAGACCUAAAGUAGAGUUGGAUGACAUGCAGGAUAGGAAAAGAAGACAUUUCAUUUCUGAAGAAACACAGAGAAAAGAGUCCAUGAAUCCUGUUCCCUGUGAAGAACCUUCAGCAACUAAAAAGCCUUCAAACAAAAAUCAACAGUGCAGACCUAAAGUAGAGCGGGAUGACAUGAAGGAUAGGAAAAGAAGACGUUUGAUUUCUGAAGAAACACAGAGAAAAGAGUCCUUGAAUCCUGUUUCCCGUGAAGAACCUGCAACAACUAAAAUGCCUUCAAACAAAAACCAAAAGUGCAGACCUGAACUAGAUGGGGAUCAAAUUGACAAAUGCUAUGAGAUAUUUCUCCGUUCUCUGAAGAAGAAGCCAACGAAUGUUGAAUUUGUCCCUUCAGUUGGCGAAAAAGUGCUAUAUCACGACUAUCCCCUCAGCUGUCCCACUAGCCCAUCUGAUUCAGAUAUAUUGGAGAUUGAUGCUGCCACCUUUGCUAAUGAUGUCAACACUCCGUUCGUGCCAGCAAAGAACCAUGAAGUCAUUGAUCUUGAUUUGGAGCCUGAAGAAGGCCAUGGUGGGAAUCACUACAACUCUGUGUUCAGAGUGAAGCUUCUUGAGAAUUUAAGAAAGCCUUACGACCAGAGAGAGUACAAUGAGUUGUUGAAAGAAGUGUCUUGCAGGAAGCAAUUGGUGAAAGAUAGAGAACUCCGGCAUGGACGAACAGUGAAGAUAAAACUGAAAGCUGUUGGGCAAUCUUACCUUGAUAAAUAUACAGAUUUUGCAAGAAAGCUUCAGGAGAUAAAGCCUGAUUCGGAGUGCAAUCACCCCGUAAUGUUGAACUUGCUACGUGGGUUUGUCUAUUGGUUGGAGAAUUUACCCCUUCAUGGAUCUUUCAAGCCAUGGCUGGACGAGGCAUGUUUGAAAGUGCUGCCAAGUUGCAAGCGAGUUCCCUGUGAUUAGAGUGUUCAGACAUUUCCUUGCAAAGGGGGAAUCGAGACAGGUCAGCUUUUGGGUUAGAUGACUAACUAACUAUUUAAAAGACUCAUGUUGGCGGCAAACAAACUUUGUAACAUAUGUAUUGUAUAAUAUAUUGCCUGGUCUAACUCCAUAGUUCGUUGCCAUCACUGUACAUCUGGACUACUCCCCUUGUCAGCGUCGUUGAAUACGAUCCUGGGUUUCCCCAUGCUGAAGUUGAGCGUCUUUGCUCUCUAUGUUGUAUUUGAUCUCUCCAUCGUACAGCAGCUUCCUUAUGUAGUGCUCAAUGUCUGAACCGAUUAAUCGAAGUGUGUAUUCUGUCAACGGUGCUCCCUGGUUUCAACACAGAAUUGUCAGAAACUUGUUCGAUGGUAAAGACAGAUUGAUAGACAUUUUAAUUAUUUGGGGUUUAUGUCGGUUUGAAUUAUUUAGUUCAGGAUUAUUUUGGCUAUUGGGGAUAUUGUGGGGGAUUAAUAAUUUGGGGUAGUUAGUAGGUAAUUGUGUU